UGCAGAUGAUGGCAAGAAGCGGCAGUUUUCGUAAGGUAGGCCAGCUUUUCAAGUUAUAAUCUGUAUAGUCAUCAACACGAACCAAAAAUACUAGUACUAUCAGAACAGGAUGAUUUUAUACAAAUGUCUUGUGUUUCAGCCAAAGAAAAACUCGUCAGCAAAUCGUCGUGGCCAGAGUUCUCACAGCGACUAUAGUUCUCUUUCAAGUAACCGAAGUAGUCGAAGCUUUUCACCAAAACAGUGAGUAGAUUUGGAUUUUUCCCUUUGCUGGUGUUAUGUACUCAGAUAAAAAUAUAUGUUUAUGAUGUUGUCUUUGGGUGCUUUCACACUGGGCAAGCUGAAAGCUUGCUUGACUGCAAUGGAAAUCGAAUCCGUGACCUCUGGUUUGCAAGUCCAAAUCAACCGCGAUCUUUGGUUUGCUUCAUUUCGUAGCUUAGCUGGUAGAGCAUCGGACUAGCAAACCAAAGAUCGGCGGUUCGAUUCCCAUCGUGGUCAAGCAAACGUUUCAGCUUGCUCGAUUUGAACACACUCAAAGACAAUAUCACAAGCAUAAGUGAGUAGAUAUGCUGUUAUUUAUGCAUGAUAUAAUUAAAUUUUUGAAAAAAUCGAAGGAGAGAAAGGGACGUAAAGUAUCCAUGGAGUGGGGAAUAUGUAGAAGUGUCAAUACUGCCAGCCUAGAUGAAAGGUCGAGAUGAGAAGUUUUCGACUCGUUUUAAUUUUUUCACUACCCUUUUAGAAAGCGUUUAUCAAACGGGGAUAUCGGUGAAGCAACCGACGAAUCGACGACGUAUGAUGUCGAAGAAGAAGAGAAUAUUGGAACAGUAAGUUUUUUAGCAGCUAGUUUGUGAA